AUGAAGUUCUUAUCCCUCUUAUCUUCGCGUGAUCUUCCUUCUAUUUAUAAGGAGGUCAUCGACAAAAUUGACCGCAGUCUGUCCCAGUUCGAUAUCGAUAUUCUAGAUUACAAGAUCGGUAAACCCUUAUUCCUUCUCCGUAACUCUAAUGCUAUUUUCCAAGCCACUACGGAGGGGAUUCAGACAAUCAAACUUCAGCCUUCCCUUAGCGACCCUGAGGCCAAGGAACUUGCUGACCAUAUAGAGUAUGGUGGUUUAGAGGGUUGUAUUAUGGCAAUUAUCAAAGAUAUUGUCCCUAAGAAGGAAAUUUUUAUUGCUUGGGGUUAUAGUUCUGAUAGUACGCAGAGUCUUCAGCUACUGAAGAACGCUCUUGAACAACUCCGUGACGCGAUCAACCAGCAGGUUCCCCCCCAAAGCGUCCACCUUUUUACAGAUCUCUUUGAUCGGUAUAUCAAGGACAUCCUGAAAUGUAUUAAUGACUUGACCCCUACCGGCAAGGGUACUAUCGUUCCCUUUACAAUACCAAGCAUCCCCCCCCGACGGUGCCAUGGCGACCAGUACAAGUUUGACAUGAGGAUGUCGGCAUAG